AUGGAAUCAAGUGAUGAAGAUGAUGAUAGGUUCCUCUAUGGUUCAGAUGAAGAGGAAGUUCAGAGAGUAGUAGUACAACCAACGACGGUACGCGAUAGCGAUACCAUUCAUGAUACAAAUGAUUCUGAUGUCAUUUCUGAAUCUGAAUCCGAUUCAGAUAUUGAAUUUAUCAUCAGUAAUGGUCCAGAUCCAACUAGAUUGGAUUCCCAAAGUAUAUCCCUGUCCACAGAAACUAUAAGUGUCGCUACAGAAAGUGUAAAGACUGCAUUACAGACAAGUGAAGAUGGGUCCUCUGUAACUCCCAGCGCAACUACUACAACAGCCACCAAUGUAACAACAGCUGGUACACUCCCCACUGAUCAAAGUCAACAGGAUGAAGUAAAUACUGCAGGAAAUAUCGACUUGGAUAAGGACGGUCUCUUUGAUGGUCAACCAAUAACUCAAAUCGAUCCAGAAGUACUCAAAGAAAAACCUUGGAGACAGCCAGGUGCUAAUUUGGCUGAUUAUUUCAAUUACGGGUUCAAUGAGUUUAGUUGGAUGGAAUAUCUAGAUAGACAAGAAAAGAUUAAAACUGAAUAUAAUCCAAGAAGAAUAUUGAUGGGUUUACUCACUUUACAGCAACAGGGUAAACUGGAUCCAAAACCAAUAAAUAAACCUCUUAAUGACUCUACUCCAAAUCCUGUAAUAGUAAACACAAAUAAAAGUCCUCCAGCUAUGCCUCCUCCAGGAUUUCCACCAUUACCAAUGUUCGGUGGGUUCCCACCUUUCCCAAUGCCCGGUAUGAUUCCUCCAAUGAACCAACAACAACAGCAACAACAAAAACCAAAUCAAAAUUAA